GUGAGGUCAGAGAUAAGUACACGAAAGUUUUGUUACUGUUGCUUAUAUUCAAACAUUUUUAAUUUUUAUAAAAAAACGCCAUUAGGUAUUUUGUUAAAUGAUAACCAAUUACCAAUUUAGUGUGUGCACAGAAACCACAUAAACAAUGUCGAUAAGUUCGCCCAGUUGCCUAUUUAUACGACUAAGUAGAAGAAACACAUUGAUUACCUCUCGAAAAUGUUCUACUCAAUCAGUAUUGACCAAAGAAGUGGGAAAGAACGCAUUAGUUAUAUUAAAUAGACCCAAAGUACUGAACUCGCUGAAUGUGAAUCUACAGAAGAAUGUAUACAAAACCCUAAUGGACUUACAAAACAAAAAAUCACUAAUCGUUAUCAAAGGUGCAGGAGAUCGAGCGUUUAGUUCUGGUGGAGACCUGGUGCUUCUGAAAGAGGCAGGUUUGAAGCAAGAUUGGGUAUACACUAACGAAAUGAUUAUCUAUCAUAAUGCCAUUAUACAUCUUGUUAGGAACUAUAAAAUACUUAUUGUUGCUCUCAUGAAUGGAAUAACAAUGGGUGGAGGUGCUGGAUAUUCAGUUAACUCGAGGUUCCGUGUAGCCACGGAAAAGACAAAAUUUGCAAUGCCGGAGGUAAAGGUAGGGUUUCUUCCCAAUGCUUCUGCUACUUACUUCUUCCACCGCACCAUUGGUCACCUAGGGUAUUACUUAGCUUUAACAGGCAAUACAAUAACCGGAUCAGACGUAUUGAGGGCAGGAUUUGCUACUCAUUAUUGCAACCACAGCGACUUGCCUUUACUUGAAGAGGAGCUUUUACGUUGUUCCUCCGAUGGAAGCAUUAAUGCAGUGCUUGACACAUUCUGCCAAAAAGAUAUUCCUGAGUUAACUUUACAACCUGUAAUGGACAAGAUAAAAAAAUGCUUUUCGGAGCCAACUGUAGAAAGUAUUUUUGCUAAAUUAAGAGAUGAUGGAUCGCCAUGGGCUAGAGAUACCCUUAAUUUAAUGGAAAAAUACUCACCAAGUAGCUUAAAAGUAAUAUUAAAACAAUUGCAGAAAGGUAAAUGUAUGAGUUGGUUGGAAUGUUUGAACAUGGAGUAUAAUUUGACUGUCAACUUUUACAAAUUUAAGGAUUUAUAUGAAGGUACACGAGUUGUCCUACAAGACAAAAAUGACACUCCCAAAUGGGAUCCACCAAAUCUGGCUGGUGUUACAGAAGAACUAGUAGAAAAACAUUUUGAACAAAUUUCACAAGAAGAAUUCAACAAAUUAAUGAAAGACAUUGAAAAAUCAUAAACCGGAAUAAAAGAAACUACUGAUAAAUAUGAAAUAUGUUUUCGAAAUAUGUACGAGAUAUGUAUCGAAAAUCGAUAGAUUAUCUAUAUUUUUUGAUAUUGAUAUUUAUACAUUGUAAAACGUUAAAUAAAAUAAGUUGAAACAUGAA